AUAUAAUUUUUUAAAUGCCUGCUUAUGGUUCUUGUACAUAUGUAGAAGCAACAAGAGGAGUAAGCCAGAGUUGUGUGCAAAGUAAUGGCUCCUAUAAUUUUGCUUCAAAGAGAAGACGGUUAAAAUCUUUUUUUCUUCACGUGAAUGAUCAAGAUACGUCGCGUAUACCUGUUAUCACGGAUUAUUUUCAUCAAUGUGACAAAAUAGCUACAGAUUGUAACUCAUUUAAGAGAAGUCAUGAAGACGUUAUGUGUCAAUUAGAUGAAUCAUCACAAGAAGAGCAUUGUUUCAAAGAUGAAUGUGAAAUGAAUAAAAUUUAUUUAAAAGAUAAAUUGAUAAAAGGUAUUUCAGUAUCCGGAAAUGUUGUACAGAAUAAAUUCAAACGGAAAGAAAUCAGUUCCAAAAAUCGAACACUUCAAUAUCAUGGUCCAUCAACAACACCGGAAGGAGGUAAAAUUCUUCCUAAGACAAUGUUCAAUUUAUCGGGAGAAAUGAACUUGUGUACUAAGGUCUAUAGUGGUAAUGACACAGAACGGCAUUUUUUAUUUUCAACAGCGUCAACAACAUGUACAUCUUUGGCUUCUCCCUACCCUCAUGAGAUCAAAACAGCUUGUUCUCAAAAAUUCCCUGUAAGCACACAAGAGACUGAGAGUCUUUGUGAAGACGCUUUCCAAGGAAAUGAGAGUCUUUCUUCUAAUAGAGCGUCAUUUAAUGGAGAGAAUUUACACACUUUUUUAACAGGCACCACUGACAAUUUUCAAUGGACAUCAAGUACUGAGCGAUCGGAUGUCAAACAAGUUAAAAAACAAGAAAGUGAAUGCGCUACCGGUAAUGCACUGGAAUUAAAAAUGAAUCAAACUCUUUUUUUCAAGCCAAAAACUUCAAUACCAAUAAACCAGAAUAAUGAAUGUUUGAAGGAAUAUUCAUGUACACAAAACGAAGAAAAUAGAACUGAAAAAGAAUACAAAACUUCUACGAAUGAUAAGAAAACUGUGGUGGUGAAGAGUGUCGAUGAAGAUGAUGUUCAAAUGACAGAUUUCACAAUAGAUGAUGGGUAUAUUGUCACACCUGGUAAACAUCGCAUACAUAUUAAUAAUUUUUUAAUGGAUGCAGAUAAAAAAAUGAGAGAGCAAUUACGAUUUGAAGAACCAGGUAUUGCUGCUAUCUCUUCUUACUCACAAGAUAUUUUUUUUGAAUGGAGACAGUCAGAAAAGAAAAUAGAUAAAAAAGUGUUUCAAUUAUCUUUUAAAACGGGUACAGAUGUUGAAAGGUUUCGUCGUAUGGCGGUGGAAUGUAUUUUAAUGUACGUUCGUGAUUCGGCUUUAACACUGGCCACGGCACACUGUUCCAUUCACAACGUUCAUCGAAUCUUGUUGUAUUACAUACAACAACCUCGUUCGCAGUUAACAGCAAAUACAUUCUUUGGUACGGUAGCAGCAUGUGUUCGAAUGGCGUCUAAACAUGAAGAAACGCCCGAAAAAACACGAUUUCUUCGUGAUCCUUCAGGUCAAUCAUUGUGGAUGCGAUUUGGUAUUGAUGAACAAUACCUUUCUUUCAAUGAAGAAGAUCUUAAUAACAUUGAAAUUCAAUGUUUCAAAAUUUUAGAGUAUCCACUGACACCACCUAGUAGCCCUGAUUAUUUGCAAAGAUAUUUAACUGUGGGUGGUUGGCCCUUGACACAGCAAGAAUCAUAUAGAGAAAUUUCGUUGUACUUGGUAAAUUUAGCUCUUUUCUCUAGAAACGAUAUUGAUCGUUUAAUAGGGAUUGUUCCAAGUCUACUAGCUGCGGGUGCCUUAGCUUUAGGGAUCAAAGUUAUAAGCGCUGGAAGUGAUGAAGGAUAUGAGUUUUGGCCUCAAAGGCUUGUAGUUUACUCUGGAUACAGUAUUGCAGAUUUACGCGUGGCUGUGCGCGGUCUUAGUUCUUUAUUGCGCAGAAAACCAGUCGAGAGUCACAUAUUAGAGGAUUUUCAUCCAGUAUGGGCACGCUAUGAUUGGAAAUGAUGACCCUACAAUUGCCUUGUGCUUUUCAGAAAAGUUUUAAUUCACGUCACUUAGAUUCCUGCAAAACGAUACAAGCCCAAAACAAUUGUUACUCCAUGAUCGCAACGUAACUAGAUUCUUUUUUUUUUGGCACCAACCAUCACAAACCCCUUUCGCUUUACCUUAGUACCUCCCUUUUUGAAUUUCUAGCGUAUCGUGAUUAAUGUAACGAUUCGACUUGUAUUCUAGCCAAGCAAUACUGGCGUAGAUAUUUCACAGUUGAUACUAAAACAAUAACCUCUUUAAUUCUUAUUGUUUCUUUUUUAUUUUUAACACAUAUUUUCCAAUUGCCUUUUACAUAUGCCGUUAAUGCGACUCCUCAUCUUGUUAGUUGACAUACAAAAUUGAAGGCAUUUAGUUAAACAUUAUUUA